AUGUCUAAUGUGAACCCAACUUAUGAAACAUCUUACAAAGUUAAAUCAAAAAUGGCUCCACAGAAAGAAUCUGCAAGUAACAACAGAAUUGAAGAAUCAGAUAUUGGAAGUGAAGAAAUCUUACCACCGAGUACAAGUAGAGGCAAUCUAACAAAUUCUAAUACAUUACAGGAGAAAAGAGCUCUUGAAACAGAGAAUCCUGAAAGUAUCACAAAAAAAUUAACUGCAUCAUCUGUGAAGCAAAAUAAAAGUGCAUCUACAGAAAGAAUGAAACUGAUCACAAUAAAUACUAAAAAAGACUUUAAUUUUAAGAAACGUCUUUUACCUGUACGAAAAGGCACUCUUAUGAGGGACAAUGAACCAGAAAUAUUGAUUGCAAAAUCACCUCAGCCUCUGGUUGGCAAUGUUGAACCAUUGUCUAAUUUAUUGAAAGAAAUUCCUCAAAUAGUUAUUGCAGAAGAUAAAUCAAACACCAAUAAUACAAAACAACCGCCACCAACCAAUGAUAACACUGUGGCUGAUACAAUGUACAACUCUACUAAUGUGUCUAUAAAACCUAGUUUCAGAAAACGAAAACUAUUUACACAAACACUGGACAUAGUUGAAAAUAAUGUUAGUGAUGAUAGCUCAGGUGUAAAUAGUCCCCAAACAAAGACAUUGCGGACGUGCAGAGAGAAAAAUAAAGUCAGAAAGUUUACAUCACAGUCUUGCUUGAGCCGUGAUGUCACUGAAAACAAUUUCAUGGACAUGUUACGUAGAUUCUUGCCCCCUGAUCAGAAGAAAAAUCAAACUCUGAGUAAUACAAAUCAUAGUUUUAUGCCUCAUCAUAAACAGCAAAAUGUUACAUACGACAAUAGAUACCCUGAAGUACCAGAAACAUGCAAAGAUCAAUGCAGUGAAUCGCAAAGUGCAUCAGUUGUGACCCUAAAAGACCGUCUAGCAAAAGAUGCCUCGCUACUUCUACCAAUUCAAAUGUUUAACAUGUCUAAUGUGAAUCCAACUUAUGAAACAUCUUACAAAGUUAAAUCAAAAAUGGCUCCACAGAAAGAAUCUGCAAGUAACAACAGAAUUGAAGAAUCAGAUAUUGGAAGUGAAGAAAUCUUACCACCGAGUACAAGUAGAGGCAAUCUAACAAAUUCUAAUACAUUACAGGAGAAAAGAGCUCUUGAAACAGAGAAUCCUGAAAGUAUCACAAAAAAAUUAACUGCAUCAUCUGUGAAGCAAAAUAAAAGUGCAUCUACAGAAAGAAUGAAACUGAUCACAAUAAAUACUAAAAAAGACUUUAAUUUUAAGAAACGUCUUUUACCUGUACGAAAAGGCACUCUUAUGAGGGACAAUGAACCAGAAAUAUUGAUUGCAAAAUCACCUCAGCCUCUGGUUGGCAAUGCUGAACCAUUGUCUAAUCUAUUGAAAGAAAUUCCUCAAAUAGUUAUUACAGAAGAUAAAUCAGACACCAAUAAUACAAAACAACCACCACCAACUAAUGAUAACACUGUGGCUGAUACAAUGUACAACUCUACUAAUGUGUCUAUAAAACCUAGUUUCAGAAAACGAAAACUAUUUACACAAACACUGGACAUAGUUGAAAAUAAUGUUAGUGAUGAUAGCUCAGGUGUAAAUAGUCCCCAAACAAAGACAUUGCGGACGUGCAGAGAGAAAAAUAAAGUCAGAAAGUUUACAUCACAGUCUUGCUUGAGCCGUGAUGUCACUGAAAACAAUUUCAUGGACAUGUUACGUAGAUUCUUGCCCCCUGAUCAGAAGAAAAAUCAAACUCUGAGUAAUACAAAUGUAACAAAUAAAAAGGAAGCCAGUAAAUGUAGCCAGAUGAAAGACAAAAAGUGUGAUGUCAAUUUAGCUAUAGCUCUGACUGAUAUGCAUGAUGGAAGUGAGACUUUCACUGAUGAGGAAAUAUUUAAUGCCCUAGAAAAAGACAAAACAAAACAACAUAAUAAGGACACUAACAAAGGGCCGGAUCUAGCUGAUGUUCCAAAGCAAAACCAAAAAGCUCCUGCCUCAAUAUGCAAAGCAACAUUACAGAAAACAAAAGAAACACCUAAUGUGAUAGGAGACUACACUGAACUAAAUGAAAAACAAUAUCCAAAGAAGAGAACAGUGAAAAGUUUAGUAAAAUCUUUUUGGGAAUCUGAAUUUGAAAGUGACAAGGAGGACGUAGUAACUCAAACUUCACAAAAUAAAUUGGAGGAAGACCUAAUUCCUAGCGGCUCACAGUUUUUAAUGAAUGGUACAAAUAAAAUUGAUGCUAAAAAGAAACCUACGGACACUACAUUACCUGUUCGAAAUCCGUCCAAGCUAGGAAAAACCCAACGCAUACAAUCUGAUGACACUCAAAAGUUAAAAAGAAAGAUGCUUGAAAAUAAUCAGCACGAAAAUAAAGAGAAUAUUCAUGGAAAUAAGUUGAAUAAAAGGACCUGUUCACCCUCGAAAAGUAACAAAGCAAAUAUUCAAACAGAAAAGACAACAAACAAUAAAAGUGACACUAAUAAAGUGUCAAACAAAGCAAAUAACCAUAAAAAUCAGCAAAAGCCUAAACCAAGAACAGCUUCCAGUAAAAGGAAUAAUACACCAUCCCAGGGACAAGCCAGUUUAAAGAAGUCAUCCUCCACAAAUGACUUCAAAUUACCAGAAGUUGAAUCUCAUUCUCAAUCUAGUCGAGAAUCUCGAGCACGUAUGAGGCGUAAGCAGAAAAGAGAAGCUAGUUUAAGUAACUCCUCUACCGACAACACCACGUCACCAAUAGAUCAAUCUCACAAGAAUAAUACAUCUAGAGCAAGUAAGAGACUUAAGCAGAAAAGAAUAGCUAAAUUAAACAACUCAUUUACGAAUCACAUUAUGUCAUCAGAAAAUGAAUCUGAUAAGUGUACUGUGUCUAAUACAUGUAUAGAAAGUAUGAGGUCUAAGCGGAAAAGAAAAGCUAAGCUAAAUGGUAAUCCAAUGAAGAGUAAAAAAAUAGAUUAAAGUGGGCGUUCAAAUUCAAACUAUUAAUAAACUAGCGACCCGCCCCGGCUUCGCACGGGUGGACAUUUAUUCACUACCACGAAAAAAUCAAAUUGAAUCAUUACUUUAGUUUCAUACAUUUUUAA